GACGAUACAUUGGCACAGCAAACAUGGCUAAACUAGCCUAUCUUCUUACCACUCUUUUAGUGGCUUUAGUGUCUCUUAGCUUCCCUUCAGAAUGCAAAGCAAAUUACUACUAUACAUCCCCACCCCCACCAACCCCAGUUUACAAGUACAAGUCUCCACCUCCACCAUCACCACCACCUCCAGUGCACUCACCCCCGCCACCUCCUCCAGUUUAUAAAUAUAAGUCUCCACCACCGCCAGUUUAUAAGUACAAAUCUCCACCACCCCCUCCUCCAGUUUAUAAGUAUAAGUCUCCACCACCACCAGUUUACAAGUAUAAGUCUCCUCCACCACCUCCACCAGUCUACAAAUCUCCCCCACCACCCGUCUACAAAUACAAGUCUCCACCACCACCUCCUCCGGCUUACAAAUCUCCACCACCACCCGUCUACAAAUACAAGUCCCCACCACCACCCGUCUACAAAUACAAGUCCCCACCACCACCCGUCUACAAAUACAAGUCCCCACCACCACCCGUCUACAAAUACAAGUCCCCACCACCACCCAUUUACAAGUAUAAAUCUCCACCACCACCUGUCUACAAGUACAAGUCUCCACCACCACCUGUCUACAAGUACAAGUCUCCACCACCACCCGUUUACAAGUACAAGUCUCCACCACCACCCGUUUACAAGUACAAAUCUCCGCCACCACCUACUCCAGUUUACAAGUACAAGUCUCCCCCACCACCUACUCCAGUUUACAAGUACAAGUCUCCACCACCACCCGUUUACAAGUACAAGUCUCCACCACCACCUACUCCAGUUUACAAGUACAAGUCUCCACCACCACCUACUCCAGUUUACAAGUACAAGUCUCCUCCACCACCUACUCCAGUUUACAAGUACAAGUCUCCACCACCACCCGUUUACAAGUACAAGUCUCCACCACCACCUACUCCAGUUUACAAGUACAAGUCUCCCCCACCACCUGUCUACAAGUACAAGUCUCCACCACCACCCGUUUACAAGUACAAGUCUCCUCCACCACCUACUCCAGUUUACAAGUACAAGUCUCCACCACCACCUCCUCCGGUCUACAAAUCUCCACCACCUCCCGCAUACAAGUACAAGUCACCACCACCACCUCCUCCAGUCUACAAAUCUCCACCACCUCCCGCAUACAAGUAUAAAUCACCACCACCACCACCACCAGUUUAUAAAUAUAAAUCUCCACCACCUCCAGUUUACAAGUCUCCACCUCCCCCUUACCACUACUAUUACACUUCUCCACCUCCUCCUAGCCACUACUAGGAAAUGAGUUUACACUCUCAAUCGAGGAAAAUAGGAAUCAGAAGGAAAUGCCUCAUGAGAGAAUAAAUGGAAGAGUUUUAAAGAAGAAGUAAAGCCUCAAAGGGACAAUUUUUUUUUUGUUUUGUUUUGUGUUCUGUGCCAUUGACUUCACGUAGUUGUAUAUCUCGUGAAGUUCUUGAACACGAUAUAUUGGAUGCAUGCAUGUAAUAUAUAUUUAUUUACGUACCAAGCCGUACAUGUUUAUUUGCUUUUGAGUUUUGACUUCAUGUUGAAUUUUAUAUGUCAAGGUACUCUGUAAUAAGAUCAAUAAGUUCAUUGAAUAACAUUGUUGUUUCCUUUUCCAAA